CGUGGGACUUCACGUUUAACCUCAAGCUUCGCCUCGAGUAUCGAGCCGCUCUCGUAUAUAAGGAAACACAGUCACGGAACGUGCAUUCAGUUAGACGCACACGCGAAACUCUAUUCACGAAUUCUUAGAGCUGAGGUUCAAAGAAAUGACAAUGAAGGUGAUCGCCUUACUUGGAUUGCUGGGCCUGUGCGCUGCAGCUCCUCAAUUCCUAGCUCAUCCGGAAACACCCUACGCCCAUCCUGCAGUCCUCAUCAAUUCAGCCAUGGAGAACGCUCUGCCUAACGAACUGAAAAAUUCCUUCUACGAAAAUCCAAGGAUCGCUGCUGGUCUUGCGAAGGAGUCCUGGUUCGCUAAUAAGGAAAUGCAGGUGAUCGAUCGCGAGGCUGAGAAGAUUCCACGUGAGAAGAUCUACGACGUUCUUCAUAACGCCGGACUGGCACGUAGAAGAUGAACCAUUACGAAGGACAAAUCCUAGAAGAAAAUGAAUUAAAUUUUGUCUCGCAAUGUUGCAAAAAUAUUUUUUCAAUUUUUGUCAUCUACAUAAAUCAUACAACUAUAGCAAACGUAUAGAAGAGUGAAUGAAAGAUAUUUAUUUGUAACGAAUGAUGAAUGUCAAAAAUAUUCCAAUUGGAAUUGCGUGCCUAUACUAGAUAUAGUAAAUGUUGUUUUUAUUUAGCUAAGAGUUAUACUUAAUUCCAGAUAAUAAUGUUUUUCAAAGAAAAAACAUUUUUGUUACAUCUCAUAACCCUGUACACCUGCGUAUAAACGUCGGUCUAAGGACUCGGACUGAACUUCAUGUAUAUUUCAAGUUAUAAAUACAGCAAGCUCAUUC